AUGGACAACGCUGUGCGAGAAGACAGAGGGGGAACAGUAUUGAGAAACAGUUGUAGGAAACAUUCUAUGUUGAUCGUUUUACUACUUCUCAUCCUUCUUGGAUUGAUGUUGGGAUUAGUUAUUCUUUACCAGACGAACACGCAAGCGAUGAACAACAUUCAAAGUGCAUUUGAUGAGGGGCAAACAAAGUUGGAUGUGUUGAAAACUACUAUAAAUCGUAUGAAAUCUGUUGUGAAUUCUUUUUCCACAGAAAUAUACAUUGCCGAUGAUGGAAGUAUAUUUGGGAUUGAGAUAAGUCCUGGUAGAACGAUGAUGUAUAACGCAACUGAUGCUAAAUGUACAAAACAUAAUAUGGUCGUUGCUAAUAUAAAAAACGAACAAGAAUAUGAUGUAAUUGUAAAGAUUUUACGAGCAAGGAUACCGAAAGGAAAGUUCAAUGUAUAUAUUUGGAUUGGAACGACUAUCGAUUUAACGGUGUGA